UUAUUUCCAUCCAACAUAAUAGAGUUAUGCUUCUAAAGUUUUCUUGUGUAUGUGCAUAAAAGUAGACAGUAGACCCUUCAGUUGACUGAGAGCAGAGACAAUAUGUACUGGGUAUGGGAUUGGAUAUACUCAGUAACUAACGCCGUUAAACAGAAAACUCCCGACCUAACGCCGGCGACGGAAUUUGGCCGGAAAACGUACGAUUACUGUCGUGAAACCACCUCUUACGCCGGCGGCGCCGCCACUUCUAAAGCACGUGAUCUUCAUCAAUAUUUAUCUGACGAUCAAGUUCGCGACAACCUCGGACGUUUCGCCAAAACUGCCUCCAAAAACGGCGCUCUUUUUAUAGCCCGAUCUUAUGGGGGCGGUCCAAUUAUUGAUAUUGUUUCACGGUCAGUGCAAGAAAAAAUGGCCGGUGCAGAGAAGGACAGAAUAAAGGAAUUAGAGACUAAAGUAGCUAAACUUGAAAAGGAGUUAAUCUGUAGGAAAAUACCUGUGCAAUCAGAAAUACCAAAGGUGAUCAUGGCAUCAAAACUCUAGAUGAGCCCGAUCUUGGUGCAAUUGUGAGAACCAAAGGCCGGAGGAUGUGCUAAAGAUCUUUAUGAUGAAGCAAUAUGUCGGUACAAAGCUUUUCGAUAGCCUGAUGAUUCCUGUUGGUGCUGAAUCUAAGAGGAAGGAGAACCCAGUUUGAAGUAUAGAUGGCAAUGUGAGUGAUAAGAUAAUGAUAAGUAAUUGUUGUUUUAUGUGUUAUUUUAGUGUGGGCUUAUGCUGUAUGUGGUGUAUACAAAACCUCCUUAAUUCCUUUUCCUUGGUCGACUAGUCUAUGUAAACUUGCUAUCGUGAAAGAAAGCAAAGCAACCUAUCAUACUUCAUCUGUCUCUUGCAAUAAAUGUAUAAAUCCACAUUAUGAGACUUUACUUUGA